CCUAACACGUACCCAGUCUUUCUGAGAGCCUGCCUGGAGGAUUAUUCCCUUGAAAUUGCCGUCCAGGAAUCGGGCAGACGAGCAAUGGGUAUAACUCCAUCAGAGUACCAGGAAAAAAAGCAAAAAAGGAGAAAAAGAGAAAAAAAAAGGAUGACCUGGGCAUCAGACAGUAACAGCUGUUCUAUGAAAGCUAAACAACGAUUGAAUUUGAGACAAACAAGGCCGCUUGGGUCACUAGCUGUUAUACAUCCUCUAGCUCCCUUCUUCCCGCUUGAUAUCAUGGUGGAACAGUGGCAGCCCGCCCAGAAUUGCUACAAACAAUUGAAUCGGACGCUCGACUUUUCAACCUACGGUGUGCCCAUAACUCCAGGCAAAAAAGAACUGCUGCUGCGCUAUAUAAUAUGUAUAUCACCAAGCGGCUAUGGUGCCAUGUUCCUCCGCGCCCACAUAACCUCUAAUUGGACAGGGACGAAUGUUCUGUGUCGCCAUCUCCUGCAAGUUUCUUCUAGACAUGCCUUUUGUGCGGCUGAUACGGCACACCAUGUCCAAUGGAUAUGUUGGAUGAGACAUGAAUCGUCCCCUUCGCCGUGAUCUCUCCCGAAUGCCGCUCAACACUGUGGCAAGGUCUCAGGUUCUGCAGCACAUAUUGGUAAUGACCAAGCGGGGGGUUGUGUCGGGAGGUGAGCGCCGCUAAGCUGAUGCAUUAGUGAUCGUGACCGGAUCUGACCAUAUCCCGCGCAGAGACUCGCUCCCAGUCAUUCCGAUGAGUCCGUCCCGUGAAGUUGCUAAGGUUGAGGUGCUUGAUUUCG